AAAGAAAGGAAACCGACGAGAAAAAGAGGAGAGUAAAGUUAGCUUUGCUGUUUGGUGUCAAGCUUUAUCUUCAGGCAGCAGCAGCAGCACCACAGCAGCAAGCAGCGGCCCCCCCCAUUUACCGUCACACACUCUCUCACUCACUCGCAUACAAAGAAACUCCCCUCCCCUACCCCAAAAAUAUAACUAAAAUAAAAAAGGAAAAGCUAACAAACAAAAGCUCCCCCGUUUUUAUUAAGUACUAUAAUUAUUAGGGUUUCCCACAAAAUAUAAAAAAAAAUUAUAUAAUAUUCGGUCCAUUUUUACCCACCGAUCCGACCCUUCUUAUGAUUUGAUUUUUUUUCCCCUCAAUUGUCACCGGAAAUGUUAUAUGCGUUCCGCAUCUUCAGAAAGAAUUGAAGUAAGGUGGUAGAAUGAUGGUUAUUAAGCCAGUAUGCUGAUACCUAGGUAGCUUAAGGAAGGAUGAGAGGUUUUACUGCAUUGCUGAAAACGUUGUUAGGGUGUGUAAUUAACUACAAUAGGUUUUUCUAUUGCAUGAUUCAAUGGUGCCAGAAGGCUAGAAGAGCUAUGGACUGUUUUCAGACUGUUAGCCGUCUUAAAGGUUCCCUGUGCCAACAGUUAAUACUAUUCAUUCUCUGGUUAUCCAGCUUCCAAGAUGUAGUCACAUUGCAGACACUGCUUGACCCUAGUCAUGUUUCUUCCACAUCUGAGCUAGCUAAUCCACCGUCUACUGGAUUAUUUGAACCUAUAGAAAUAUCCCCUGCUGUUAUUCCACGUUAUCCUUAUCCUGGUGAAUCAUUACCACCUAUGUACCCAACUUUUCCCAGAACAUAUGAACCAAAUUUAACUGGAAGGUGCCCUGUAAAUUUUUCUGCGUUGUCGAAUAUCAUGGGAAAAACAGCAUCUGAUUGUUCUCUACCUUUGGCAGCACUUGUAGGAAAUGUGAUAUGUUGUCCACAGCUUGGUAGUUUACUCCACAUCUUCCAGGGUUACUACAGUAUCAACUCUGAUAUGUUGGUCUUGCGAAAUGCUGUUGCUAAUGAUUGUUUUUCAGAUAUCAUUAGUAUCCUAGCUAGCAGAGGGGCUAAUAGUACCAUACCUACAGUUUGUACUGUAAAAUCAUCAAAUCUGACAGGUGGGUCUUGUCCAGUGAAGGAUGUUAAUACCUUUGAGAAAAUGGUGAAUACAAGCAAGUUAUUGGAGGCUUGCAGCACUGUUGAUCCUCUAAAAGAGUGCUGCAGGCCAGUUUGCCAACCUGCAAUUAUGGAAGCUGCUCUAAAGAUUAGUGGAACACAAAUGAUGCUAAAUGAGAAUAAAAAUGUAAUUGGGGAGACUACUCAUAUAGAUGCCAUCAAUGAUUGUAAAGGGGUGGUAUAUUCAUAUCUUUCAAGGAAACUCCCUCCAGAUGCCGCAAAUACUGCAUUCCGUAUACUAUCUGCCUGCAAAGUCAACAAGGUUUGCCCUUUGGAAUUUAACCAGCCCUUGGAAGUAAUUAAGGCAUGCCGUAAUGUAGCUGCUCCCAGUCCUUCCUGCUGUAGCUCAUUAAAUACUUACAUUGCGGGGAUACAGAAGCAAAUGUUAAUUACAAACAAGCAAGCCAUAAUUUGUGCAACAAUGUUUGGGUCAAUGUUAAGAAAAGGUGGAGUUAUGACAAAUGUUUAUGAGCUUUGUGACGUUGACUUAAAAGAUUUUAGUAUCCAAGGUGCGGUUGCCACAACAGCAUAUGGACAACAAGGAUGCCUGCUACGAAGCUUGCCAGCAGAUGUGGUAUUUGACAACUCAACGGGCUAUAGCUUUACAUGUGACUUGACUGACAACAUUGCAGCGCCAUGGCCUUCAUCAUCUUCAAUGUCAUCCUUGUCUCUUUGUGCUCCAGAGAUGUCAUUGCCUGCCCUACCAACAUCAGAGACACUGAAAAAUCCUGGCUGCCAUGGAUGCAUGUUGGAAAUCUGGGUACCCAUUUUUUCAUUUUUUGUUUUCAGUACAUUUUUGUACUGAAGAGAGUUGUAGUUGCGGGUUGAGCCGGUUUGGCAGUGUAGGGGCUUUUGGUGAUUGACUGUUGUGUGGGGAAUUUACAAUGUAUAUUUUGAGUAAGCCUUGUUGGUGUAUAGUAUCUAUUUUCUUUCCUUUUUCCUUUUAGAAUCAGACUUUUCCAUCUCCCUCCCA